AUAAAGAUCAAUGGCGUUUGGGAAUGGGAGCAAGAGCAACCCAGCAAUGGUUAUUUGCUAACCACACAUACCUUUGUGAAUUGCAAUGCUGUCACCUGAUGCGGAUCUAUGAAAUUAUUGGAUGUCGUGAUUCGAAUCAGAUCCUACGAAUCAGAUCUGAAACGGGGAGAUCUCUUCGCCACUGUGACUGUUGGAUAUCAUAUGCCAUCUGACGCUCUCCUUUAUCAUCUUUUCUGUUAAAUUAGUUGUUCUGAUUUUGUAUUAGCGCCAUGAAGAAGAAGCUCGAUACGCGUUUCCCUGCUUCUCGGAUAAAAAAGAUAAUGCAAGCUGAUGAAGAUGUCGGAAAAAUCGCCAUGGCCGUACCAGUUUUAGUUUCCAAAGCUUUGGAAUUGUUUUUGCAAGACCUUUGUGAUCGUACAUAUGAUAUAACUUUGCGCCGAGGUGCAAAGACUGUUAACUCACUACAUUUAAAGCACUGUGUGCAAAGCUACAAUGUAUUUGAUUUUCUGAGGGAAGUUGUCAGCAAGGUCCCUGACUAUGGUCAUUCUGAUGCUGGUCUUGAUGAUCGUACCAUGAUAAAGAGGAAGAAAGCUGCUGCGGGUGAAAUGAAUGAAAGUGAUGAAGAGUUGAAAAGAAACAGGAUGAAUGAAGCAAGGCAAACAAGCAGCAACGGUAGGGGCAGAGGCCGUGGUAGACCAAGGGGCCGAGGGCGUGGUAGAGGAUCAGCAGAAAGAGAGCCUCCCCAGAUGGAAGUAGAACCAGAAUCCCGCACAUCAUUGAUUCAGCAGAGCAGCAAGCAGGGUAUGAAUCUACAGGGGGAAACCACCGACAAUUUAGAGUCAAGUAAGUCCAUGAAAGGUGAAUUAGCUGUCGGUGAUGGUGCCACCACCGGUGGUCGGGACUUUGAUUUGAAUGCUGGGAUUGACGAGAAUACGGAGAAAGUUUCUGAUGCCUUAGAUGGAGGAGCUUCCGUACAACCACCAACACCACCACCACCACAGCCAGUUCCUGGUACAGGUACUGGCUGUUCGUCAUCAGCAGAACCUGCUGAACUUAAGCAAGAAGAUUAUCUCGGGUUGUCACUUUCAGAAAUGGACAGGAUGGCGAUUGAUACCCACAAUCUGGCACAAAUCAACUCGAGGUUGGAAGAGGAAGACGAAGACUAUGAUGAAGAAUAAUACACCCACCAGGCUUCUUUGGGUGCUAUUUGGGUAAAAAGCAUACUUAAAAACACAUAUAAGCAAGGCUUAAAGAUGCCCAUUUGUUUCUUUUUUAUGCUCUGUUCUUUACUUUCCGGUAUUUCUGUAUCUCAUGUUUGUUUAGCCAGCUGUAUUUACCCUAAAAUGUCAACAAAGUACUGCAAUUAACAUGGUAAUUUCUAUGAUCCCUCAGGAAGC